CUACAACAUUAUGUACGUUGCAAGACGGUGAGUAUAAAAGGACCGGACGACUGGUCUAUCUUCGCAAUCGCCAGCUUCCCUAUUCAGCGAGACAAUCCAAGAUGAACAUUUUCCUUUUAACAACACUUUUCGUCGGCACCGCCAUUGCCGUCGGUAAAGGCGGAUAUGGCGGUUAUGGUGGUGGCGGCGGCGGUGGAUGGGGAGGUGCUGGUGGAAGUGCCGGCGGUGGUUGGAGCACUGAUAACAGCAAUGGAGAAAGUGGCGGAUGGGGCGGCCAAGGCGGAUGGAGUGGUCAAGGUGGAUGGAGCGGCCAAGGUGGAUCGGGCGGCCAAGGCGGAUGGAGUGGCCAAGGUGGAUGGAGUGGCCAAGGCGGAUCGGGCGGCCAAGGUGGAUGGAGCGGCUCGGGAUCAGGUUCCGGCAGCGGCUGGGGAUCUGGUUCAGGAAGCGGCUGGGGAUCAGGUUCCGGUAGCGGCUGGGGAUCUGGUUCCGGUAGCGGAUGGGGAUCUGGUUCCGGAUGGGGAUCUGGCGGCGGCAGUGGGGGCGGUAGCACUGGCGGUUCAGGGGGAAUCAAAAUUCUAAUUGCUGGUGGAGCCGGAGGUUCAGGUUCAGGUUCCGGUAGUGGAUGGGGAUCUGGUUCCGGUAGCGGAUGGGGAUCAGGUUCCGGUAGCGGCUGGGGAUCUGGUUCCGGUAGCGGCUGGGGAUCUGGUUCCGGUAGCAGCUGGGGAUCUGGUUCCGGUAGCGGCUGGGGAUCUGGUUCCGGUAGCGGCUGGGGAUCUGGUUCCGGUAGCGGCUGGGGAUCUGGUUCCGGUAGCGGCUGGGGAUCUGGUUCCGGUAGCGGCUGGGGAUCUGGUUCCGGUAGCGGCUGGGGAUCUGGUUCCGGUAGCGGCUGGGGAUCUGGUUCCGGUAGCGGCUGGGGAUCUGGUUCCAGUAGCGGCUGGGGAUCUGGUUCCGGUAGUGGAUGGGGAUCUGGUUCCGGUAGCGGCUGGGGAUCUGGUUCCGGUAGCGGCUGGGGAUCUGGUUCCGGUAGCGGCUGGGGAUCUGGUUCCGGUAGCGGCUGGGGAUCUGGUUCCGGUAGCGGCUGGGGAUCUGGUUCCGGUAGCGGCUGGGGAUCUGGUUCCGGUAGUGGCUGGGGAUCUGGUUCCGGUAGCGGCUGGGGAUCUGGUUCCGGUAGCGGCUGGGGAUCUGGUUCUGGAAGCGGCUGGGGAUCUGGUUCCGGUAGUGGCUGGGGAUCUGGUUCCGGUAGCGGCUGGGGAUCUGGUUCCGGUAGCGGAGGGGGCGGUAGCACUGGCGGUUCGGGAAUCAAAAUUCUAAUUGCUGGAGGAGCCGGAGGUUCAGGUUCAGGUUCCGGUAGCGGAUGGGGAUCUGGUUCCGGUAGCGGAUGGGGAUCUGGUUCCGGUAGCGGAUGGGGAUCUGGUUCCGGUAGCGGAUGGGGAUCUGGUUCCGGUAGCGGAUGGGGAUCUGGUUCCGGUAGCGGAUGGGGAUCUGGUUCCGGCACUGGUGGCGCAGGAUCCUGGAGUGGUCAAGGUGGAUGGGGAGGUCAGACUGGAUCUAGCGGAAGUGGCUCAUGGGGUGGCCAAGGAGGUGUAACUGGAGGCUCGACAGGCGGAUGGGGAACUGAUGGUGGGGUUGGGGGCUGGGAAAGCAGCACUGGCGGUGGCAGUUGGGGUGGAAACGCCGUAGUUUCAGCGGGCGUCAAAAUCGUGAUUACUGGAGUUCCAUCCGGAGGUCAAAGCGGACCUGCCGCUGGCGGUCCAUCUGGAGGAGCAUCCUUCUUUGGAUCUGGUUCAAGUAGCGGUUUCUUCAGCGGAUCAACAGGCGGUGUGGCUCCUUCCGGUCCAAUCAGUGGCCCAGUUUCCGGAGGCCCAUCGGGAGGCGGAGUUUUCUCAGGAUCAGCUUCAAGCGGCGGAUUCUUUAGCGGCGGUUUCGGUCCUUCAGGUCCAGGUUCUUUUGUAGGCGGUCCCUCUGCCGGUGGAUCUACAGGCGGUCUUGCUCCUUUCGGUCCAAUCGGCGGUCCAGUUUCCGGAGGUUCAUCAGGAGGAGGAUUUUUCUCAGGAUCAGCUUCAGGCGGCGGAUUCUUUAGCGGCGGUUGCGGUACUUCCGGUCAGGGUCCUUUUACAGGCGGUCCCUCUGCCGGUGGAUCCGCUGGUUUUGGAGGAGCGUUUGGCGGCGGCUUAAGCAUUUCAGGCGGCGGUUCUUGCGGAGCUGGACGCGGAGGAGUCGGUAAAAAAUACUAGACUGUUCAGAUAGACGCAAGUUGUUCACGAAAUAUCAACGAGAAUUAACUGCCGAUGUCUACUUGGACCAACUCUCACUACCCGACCACGACGACGAAUUGUUCAACCGACGAGAUUUUCUGCCCUUUGUAGCUUAUUGCUUUUUAUUGCCAUUGCUUUUGAAUUGUUUUCCCUUAUACCCACUUUGAUGCAUAUAUAUAUUC